UUUCAGUUGAUGGUGGUGUGGCAUCUCCAGAAUGGAGGCUUUAUUAGAAAGAAUUCAGCAGCAGGGUAAAAAAGGGAUACUAUAUGGUUCUUGCGAGCAGGAGCUACAGGAACUCAUGAGGCAGAUAGACAUCAUGUUGGAUCACAAGAGGUCGGAGUGGGAAGCCAAGAUGCAGAUACUCAAUACUCGCCUGGAGCUCAGAGAGCAAGAGCUAAAUUGUACGCAAGCCAGAGAGGGGCUGUUAAACCAGGAGGUCAGAUCACUGAAACAACAGCUUCAGGAGACAGAAGAGGAGAAUCGUAGCAAGAUUGUGGAAUAUGAGGACCAACUCUCCCGUUUUCAGGAAGAGCUGUCCAGAUUGAAAAAAAGUUAUGAGAAGGUUCAGAGGCGGCAUCUGCGAGCAGAGAUGAGGAGUAAAGGGGAAGAAGAGAGAUCUGAGGUCACGCGCUUGACUCGCAGAUUAGAGGAAUUUCGACAGAGAUCCCUGGAUUGGGAAAAACAAUGCCUGCUUUACCAGCAGCAGGUAGCAGAACUGGAAGCUCAGCGCAGAACCUUGGCAGAGCAAGCAGACCUAUACCAGCAACAGUCACAGAGCCAUAAGCGUAUGCUGGAGCAGACAAGUCUGGCUGGCCGAUCAGAGUUUCAGCACCUCAGUGGCCGGCUACUUCGUGCCAAUGAUAGCCUCUGUGCCAGGGAGGAAGAGAUGGAGACCUUAAAGCUGCAGCUUGAGGUUUCUAUUGGUGAGAGGGAGCGUGCGGAACAAGAGCUGCAGCAAGCCCAGCAAGAUAUGCAAGUUCUCCAGGAGGAGAAGACCGAACUAUGGGAGACUCUGAAGGCUCAUACUGAUUUCCUGCAGGGUACUAAAGCACAGGAGCUCCGCAGGGAGGUGUGCAGAGUGAAUGAGGCCCUGAGAGACCGGGAAAGCAGCAUCAGGUCUCUAGAGGAAAAAUUAAAGGAGUCUAGGUUAUCAGAUGAACGGGCAGACGUAGAUGCAAUGCGGUCUCGGCUCUCCAUCAGCCUUUUAAAUGAGCAAAAGCUGCAGGCUGAAGUCACUCGUUUGGAAGGCAGAGUUGGAUCAGCCACCAUGCAGUGCCAGCAGCUCACCAAGGAACUUAAGGAGAAAGGGGAGUCUCUGCAACUGUUGCAAGAGGAACACAAGAAAUGCUCGUCUGAUAUUAAGAAGUUAAGGAGUCAGCUCCACCAGGCUGAGCUCUCGUACAGCAGCGCUUUGGAUGGAAUGAAGAAGGAGAUCUCGCAGCUCACACAGGAGCUGCACCAAAAGGACAUUAUCAUUGCAUCCUCUAAAAGUGAGGCCAUUGACUGGGAAAGAAAAGUCUCCCUAGAGAGAACGAGAGCAGACAGAGAAGCUGCCGAGCACAAGGUUUCUUUGGCAGCCUUGGAAACCUUGCAAAAGGAGAACCGUCAGCUGUCAGAUAUAAUUGAGAAGCAAGAACCAGAUGUGAUUCAGGCCCUGGAUAACUUGGAACGAGAGAAUCAAAAACUUCAGAAAGAGUUAUCGCAGACGCAAGGAAGGCUGGAACUUCUGAACAAAGCGCGGCAGUCCGAGAUCCAGGCUGCUGUGGAGAGGGAAUCUCAUGAGUUACAGAAGAGACACGAGGAGGAAGUGAAGCUAAUGAAGGAGCAACUGAGAGAGAUGGCUCAGCGUUAUGAGGAGGAAUUGCAAGCCCUCCGAUCUCAUCUUGACGCAUACUCCAAUGAGAGAGGCUUUAGCAGGACAAGUUCCAUGGAGUCCGUGUCCUCUGAGUUAUGGAAGAGAGAUGCCAAGGGGUCACCGGGACCAGAUGGAAAUGAAGACUCGUGCGGAGAGUCUGUAUCAGGGCAAUUAUCUUCGCUUCCCAUCCCACCAUCCACGCCAGCCAGUGCCAUAGCUGUGCGUUACCUACAAGAAGAAGAGCUCCGGUCCCAGGACCUCCUCCAACGCUUGGAUUCUCAUAUUGAGGAGCUGAAGCAAGAUAGUCAACGCACAGUGCAGCACUUCACCCAACCUAGGUAAACCUCUCGGGGCAUAUCCUCUGAGACUAUGAUCUGUUUACCAUGAACUUGGUGAAGGUGCAUAAUGUGUCCACAAGGUGUCAGUGGAGAGCCAGCUUGGAAAGAAUCACCGUGAAGCUGAAAAUCUCAGGUUGCCCAAUGCAAAACCAGCCAUGUGAGAUUUUGCUAUUAUUUGGAUUUGGGGCUUUUACAGUAAUCCAAAGUAUGU